AUGUCUGAAAUCGAGCUUGGAAUCACCGCUGAUAUGCACGUCCAUCUUCGUGAUGGAAGGAUGAUGGAUCUCAUCACUCCCACAGUCAGAGAUGGUGGAGUAUCGAUCGCUUAUGUCAUGCCAAACCUAGUCCCCCCAAUCACCACUAUCGACCGUGUGGUUGAGUAUAAGAAGAGUCUUGAGGAGCUCUCCCCCAAGACAACUUUCUUGAUGAGUUUCUAUCUUUGUAAAGAUUUGAGUCCGGAGCUUAUCAACGAAGCUGCCAAGAUCGGUGCCAUUCAUGGUGUCAAGUGCUAUCCUGCCGGAGUUACCACCAACUCAGCCGCUGGUGUUGAUCCCAACGACUUUUCUGAUUUUUACCCAAUCUUCAAAGCUCUAGAAGAGAACAACUUGGUUCUCAACUUGCAUGGUGAGAAGCCACCAUCCAAAGAUGAAGAUAUCCAUGUUUUGAAUGCCGAGCCGCAGUUCUUGCCUGCCCUCAUCAAACUCUCUAACGACUUCCCAAAUUUGAGGAUCAUACUUGAGCACUGUACCACCAAAAACGCCGUCGACACAAUUCGUGAAAUCCACCGAGAAAACCCACAAUCCAAGGUCGCUGCAACAAUCACUGCACACCACCUUUCAUUGACCAUAGACUCGUGGGCAGGUAACCCGAUCAACUUUUGCAAACCUGUUGCGAAAUUGCCUGCUGACAUGAGGGCGUUGAUUGAAGCUGCUACUUCUGGCGAAAAGUACUUCUUCUUUGGGUCGGACUCCGCACCACAUCCAAUUGUAAAUAAAGCGAAGCACACAGGUGUUUGUGCUGGUGUAUACACACAGUGCAAUGCAAUUGCCUACGUUGCCGAGGUGUUCGACACCGUUGGUAAACUUGACAACUUGAAAAAAUUUGUCUCUGAUAACGGAAAGGCGUUCUACGGGAUUACAGAUGAGGAUGUCGUCAACAAGGACAAGGUCUACCUUGUGAGGCGUGACAAUGCCGUCCCCAAGGUUAUAGGUAAUGACACUUUGGAGGUUGUUCCCUUCAAAGCUGGAGAGACCUUGAAGUACGCCGUUGAGUGGAGAUGA